AUGGCGGCGCCGCGCGUGGUGCUGCUGCUGAGCGGGAAGCGGAAAUCGGGGAAGGAUUUCGUGGCCUCCGAGCUGCGGGGCCGACUGGGCCCGGACGUGUGCACCAUCCUGCGCCUCUCCGCGCCACUCAAGGAGCAGUAUGCCAAGGAGCACGGCCUGGACUUCCAGCGGCUCCUGGAUGCCAGCCCCUACAAGGAGCAGCACCGGCAGGAUAUGAUCCGGUGGGGGGAGGAGAGACGCAGCACCGACCCCGGCUUCUUCUGCAGGGCAGCGGUGGAGGGGGCAGCACAGCCGGUGUGGGUGGUGAGCGACACUCGGCGCCCCUCAGACGUGGAGUGGUUCCGGAAGGCUUACGGCGCCGCGGUGCAGACCGUGCGGGUGGUGGCCAGUGAGGAGACGAGGAAGAGGAGGAACUGGGUCUUUGUAGCAGGGGUGGAUGAUGCUGAGUCUGAGUGUGGCCUGGACCAGGGAGUGGCCUUUGAUUGGGUGAUCACCAACGAUGGGGACGAAGUGUCCCUGGACGAGCAGCUGGGGGCACUGCUGCAGUCAGUGCGUGACAGGCUAUAG